CUCCUCAAUAUAUCUCAAUUUUCCGCUAUUUCAUCAUCUGCGCAUUCUUUCUGCUAUAAUAGAUUACAAGCCAUCGACCAAAGCUGCUGCCUACAUUGUUCCAGGCUCCUGUUCUCCAUCGUUGUCUGUUCUUCUUUCUACGACACCGACGCAAAAGCUUCAACAAAAAUCACUACCAAUCUUCUGCAGUGAUCCGCGAUAACUUCAUUCUUCUUUCGAGUGUUUGUUCUUUACCGCAGCGAAAGAUCUUGUCAUUGGUGUCGCCCUACUAGACUAUGUUAUAAAGACAUAAAGUUGAUUAAUCCAACAUGUCUGCUUCACCUCUCCCACCUCAUCUCAACCCUCCAUCUGCCUAUCCUCACAUUUCACCCAAAUCUCACUCUCGGGCAUCGCCAACAAACUCUCCGAAAACAGGUAACAGUCCGAGAUCAAGUCCCAGAGGGUCCACAGGGAUGUUAGACUUCGAAGGUGUGAUAAGACUACACGGCGGAGAUUUGAAAAAGGCUUUGGAGAGCGUUGUCUCGGAAAGAAAUAACCUCCUCUCUCAAAAUACCCAACUCUGGAAGCUUAUUGAGAAACAACGAUCUCAAUGUGCUCAAUUCGCUUCGGAUAACGACCGCCUUCGGCAAGAUCGAGAGCGUGCCAAUUCUCGCUUGAUAGCAGCUGGGCUGGAGCCCGUGGGGCCACUCAAAAAGCUCAACUCCUCUUCGAGUGUAACGGGACUGGGCAUCAGAGCUGACGUUCCUCAGAUUAAAAGAAAUCAUUCUGAUCGAGAGGAUGUCCCUGUCAUCGCUGAGAACAAGGAAGAAGGAAUGGGUUUGGCGUCCCCCGCCGAGGUGCAGCCUACGGGACUGUUGCCCUCUGCGAUACCGGAUCGCAGGCUGAGAAGAGGAAGUGAUAUCGGUCAUCCUCCAGAUUCCUCCUCGUCCAUGCCCUUUGCCGACUCUCCCCAAAGCACAUCCCAUUCUAUUCACUCUUUACCAACUCCUUUCCAUAGCGCAGAGCCUUCACCACAACUUGCGACUAGUGCAAGGAUGGCAGGCAGAGAAGAUGGUUGUGUCAUACCUCCCCCGUCCUCCAGGGCUUUGGCUGCUUCCGUGGCUGCAUCAUCUCCUUUGACCCAGUGUUCGGAGGGACCUAGAAUUCCUCAACCAACCACACGAGAACCUUCCAUCGAAUCCCUAGAAAAACUCCCUAGUCCUACUCCUGUCUCCGUUUCCGUACCUCUCAAAUCCCCUUCCCAAUCAAUCCGGUCAGAAACGAUGUCUCCUACUUUUUCUAUAUCGGAAACAACGUUGGUUUCUAGUUCUACAUUGGACAACGCUCUGCGACCCUCUAUAGACUCCUCUAUAUCUAUUCCGCUCACUCGUGACACCACCCUCCGUCAAUCCAUUGACCAGCCGCCUCAAACUAAACGUCAACAAUCCUACUCCGCGGAACCGCCCCGACUACCAACAUCAUCCACCCGACCACUUUCACCCUCCCUCCUUCCUCAUGCUCGGAUUACUAUCCCCAGCAGUACGGUCUUCCCCAACGCCUCCGGCCAUGAAGUCCUCUGCUUCAUCGUGGAGAUAACUGUACGCCCUCCCAAUGCCCAGCCUAUAACCUGGAACGUGGCCAAGUUGUUCUCGGCCUUUAUUGACCUAGACGCCAAGAUCAAAGUUACAGCGAACAAGAGUCGAAAGGAAUGGAAACAGAUUGCAGCCCCUUUACCGGAAAGCAAGUCGUGGAAAGAUUUUGCACCUAGCAAGAUUGAUCAGCGCAAGACGGCUUUGGAGGCGUAUUUGCAAAGUCUAUUGGUUGCACCCAUUAGCGACAAGUCGGACUUGUGUCAUUUUUUGAGCACCGACCCUGUACGGGCAAAGAGAAGUGAUGCGAGGAAAGAAGGGUAUUUGACGAAGAAGGGGAAAAACUUUGGAGGAUGGAAGACGAGGUAUUUCGUGUUGAAUGGGCCGGUCAUGGAGUAUUACGAGUCUCGAGGAGGAAAUUAUCUAGGCUCCAUUGUCAUCACUAACGCCCAAAUCGGUCGUCAAAACCGCCCUGUCGACUCAUCAGAUGAACGGCAUCUCCGCCACGCCUUCCUUAUCAUUGAAGCAGGUAAAAAAGGAACCUCGCACCGACACAUCUUGUGUGCAGAGAGUGAUAUGGAAAGAGAUCGAUGGAUUGAUAUCUUAGUAAAACAUGUGGACCCCGAGACCAUGUCCUCGCCUCAACCUCUUCCUACAGCAACAGUAUCUGUCGCCGCCUCUGCUUUGGUACCCGCUGUCACUCCUGCCCGGACUCCUGUGCCACAACCCUCUGCAGUACCUGCUAUUACUACUGCAACAAAUCAAAAUCAGGCUGUACCAGGUUUGAGGCGCAAACCCAGUCAAUUGCGAAAACAAAGCAAAGACGUAGUCGUUACUUCCUCCCGGCCCCUUUCGAGUAUGUCAAAAGAUUCCAAAUUUAGUGAUGCGCCUUCGCCUACUAUUUAUAAUAACAAGGAAAGUCAUCUACCCCCGCUAAACCAGCCACUUGUGGCAUACUCUUCUACUCAGUCGUUCAUUCCGCAGGUUGUACAAUCUCCAAUUGAGGAAAGCGCCUUCUCGCAACAAUUGCCGCCCCGCAAACCGCCUGGACCCGUGCAGAACCACAGACAACCAUGGGGAAGUAAUUCCAGCGUCGUACAGGGUGUUUCCCCUUCCUCCGAAGCUCCGCCUCAAUUCUCUGAUCCUACACCUCGCGCUAACAAACGCCAGAGCGUCCUGCCAGGCCGACCAUCCGUUUCCCUACCCUCUCACAGCUUUUUAAACACCCCAUCUACUCUGAGUCUUGGAGCCACUAGCCCUAUAGUAGAGAAGGAGAGGGAUAGGAAAGCCAAGAGCCGUGGAUUUUGGGGAUUUGGCAGAUCAACAGAAAAAGCAACAAAGCCCGUCUUCGGUGUGCCCCUCACGGAUUCAAUCGCCGUAGCAAACAUUGCUGGUCUACCUGCGAUUGUGUUUAGAUGUAUUGAGUACCUUGAAGCGAAGAAGGCGGAGGAUGAGGAAGGUAUUUACCGUCUUAGUGGAAGCUCGGCUGUCAUCAAGGGUUUGAAGGAAAAAUUUGACGACCAAGGCGAUAUCAAGCUUCUUGCAGCAGAUGAACACUGGGAUCCGCAUGCCAUUGCGGGGCUGCUGAAGACGUUUUUAAGGGAUCUGCCAACCAGUUUGUUGACGAGAGAGCUCCAUGCACGAUUCUUGGCUGUAAUGGACUUUGUUGAGUCCUCAGAACGUAUCGCCGAGCUGGCUCAUCUGGUCUCUGAACUGCCACUGCCCAACUACGCCCUUCUCCGUGCACUUGUUGCGCACCUCAUUCUCAUCGUCCAGAAUUCUGCUCUUAACAAGAUGACACUACGCAACAUCGGCAUCGUUUUUUCCCCAACCCUCGGUAUCCCGGCCGGUAUCUUCUCAGAAAUGAUCACCCACUUUGGAACAAUCUUUGACGAUGAAGUUGAGACGCUUGACACUAGAGCGGAAGAAGAUACAGGGCCGGGAUCGGUGCAGUUCGAAAAUGCAGAUGAGACAGUGAAGAGGAAAAGAAACAGUUUGUGUCAGGCCGGAGAAGUAGACGCGUUGUCCGGACUAAGUGGAAGGACCUUGAAUGCUAGCAACGAAGAUUCUCAAUCUGUCUCAUCAUCCAAUGACCUUGCCAGCGAAUACCAUUCCUCUGACAUUAACCACUCUAAUACUACUUCUAUCCCUGUGGCGGGAUAUCAAGGGGAAGCGCCGAUCCGAAGCCGAGGUUAGAAUAUAGAAAAGAGAUGAUUAGAGGUCGUGGACGGAGAGGCUUAGACUUAUGCUUGAAAAGAAGACUUCUUUGGCUUCUUGUUGUUUACGUUAUCUAUCUUUGUCUAGCAUAGCAUGAAGUCUUGAUAUGUAUGUUUUGCC